GGUCUGGCGCAGGUAACCCCUGGGAGUUGUUAAUAACCUAUACAGUUACAUACAGUUUGCUCCAGGGUAGAGAUUAAUUUUGCUGCGAAUGUUUCUUUCCUAUAUUCCAGGUCUUUUAAUUUGAAAGAGUUUUGUUAGGUCAGCACAGAGGUCUGUUCUUUUCAGCUUGAGCCAAAUGAACGAGAAGGUUGUCCCAAGCCUUAAAGCAUCCGUAGCAGCACCUCCAAGUGCGACCUGAGGUAGUUUUCCGUGUUUUCCUCCUGGCUGGGAGAUGGCACGGCGCAGGUCGGGAAGGCAAGUCGAACCUCCGGCGCCGGCCCUGCUCGCAGCUCCGCAAGUUUUUUGGCUUCUUAGGAGAAUUUUAUGUCUUAGCAAUCGGCUCCCAAGUGCUUCCUCCAAGUGCUCCCGGGCUGGUUGCACAUCUUGCAUGCUUGGGUAACUUCCGUGCGAUGUUAGAACUGCGGCUUUCUCUCUUGAACUUUGCUUUGCAAAAGACUCUGUAAUGGGGCAAAAAAGAUGGUGGCUCCGAUAGUACCCCACGACUCUCGGCUACGUCGGGCUUCGGGUGCCCCAGGUGAAAUGCUUCCUCGCUGUCGUCUGAGGAAGGAAGAAAUGCCUGUGGCCGUGAUGCCAUGCAUCAUGCCCUCCUCACUCCCAUUGACACACAGGGUGGUUACAAAAUGCCUCUGCUCAUGGUUGUAGCUGUUCGUAUAAAAGAUCGGUUUUUCGGUAACACCAGGUACUUGCCUGGGUCACCUUUGGCCUGUGCGUGUGAGACAGUCAACAGCAAAACGGCUCUGGGACGAGCGGGACUUGUCUUUCUUGAAGGGAUUGAAGGAUGGGGGACACAUUUUAGCCACGUUAAAUCUGGUGUCUGUUGGCCCGACACGUACGGAUGUAGAAGUGGCUUGGUCAGAGGUUUGCAGUCUGCACGACGGGAUGUGGGGCGUGACGCUAAGGGAACAGCCUUCAGGAGCGGCGCUGGCUCCCGGCCGUGUGCCGGGGCAGUGGGUGCAGAAUGGGUGGUGAAGCCCCACGUGCAGGUUUGCAGGACGUGCUGAAGUCGCCGAGAGCCCCUGCAGGUGGCUGAGCCCCGGGUGUGAUGGGGACAGGACCCCCCGCGGUGACUGGGCACAGGACUGUGCUGCACGACCAGCGCCCCGCGUUCCUGCAGCCCCCUCCUCUCACCUCACCUCCCCCGUCUCCCUUUUCCUGCACUCCCCCCCCCUCCGGCGAUCACCUCCCUUGGUCCUUCCCCUGAACGCCUCCAGGGCUGAGCUGCAGCAGAUACCUUCUCGUCGUUUGGCACCCCCGGGACAAGCAGCCAAUCGUUUCGACGUGGGGACCGGCACCUCUCUUGCUUCCUAAAACUGGCCGUUCCAGGAAGCUGCCGUGGUUUUGGCAAGCCCGAUGUAGGCUGGGUGGCCACCACUCGCAGCGACGCCGUGGACGUCCCUCGGCUGCGGGUUGCCGUUGUCUUCAGGACGGUGCCAGGAGGAGCGGGGCGAGCUCUGCACGGCCCCUCGGGGAUCACUGGUGGCACGUCGGUGCCUGCAACUUACCCGCGGGGCAUUUGGCACUGCAAUGCCAGUCCCUUGUGCCGCACCGGUGACACUUUGAGGCUUUACACACUGAGAUAAUCUGGACCGUUAUCCCUCCCCGUGUCCCCAGGUGCAAAGGGCAGCCCCUGUCUGGGGCUUUCAAAGCGCAUCCAGACAGAGCAGGUCUGCUGGGAGCGUCUGGUUACGCUGCGGAUGGGCUCAGUGUGCGGCACGUGUUAGAGGAUUUGGGGGCAGGACGGCACUAUGUAAUCUCUUAUAAAAGUAAACGACUAUUAAAAUACCAUGGGGGGGCUUGAGGUGGUAAGAAAACCAUCACACCAAUGUCAGCUUCAGUUGAAAUGAAAGGCACCGUCUGCAUUUGACAGAUGAGAGCCCACUCGCUGCCUCUGGCCCCCUCUGCAUUUCUCCUGGCUCAUCUCUGCUUACACGCGUAGAGCGAUCUCACCCCCGUCCCCCUAACAGGCCUGGGACCAAAAAAAUAAGAAAUAGUGAUGAAAGAUUGCCUGCAGCUAUGUCUUGAAACUCUUCAUGCAGAAGCUCUGCUGCAAAUUCACAUCAGAGGUUGGUACCAGCUGCGGCUGAGGCUCCUCCCUGGCUUGGGAAGGGCUCUUCUGCCUGAGGAUUUCCUGCUCGGCCGGGGUGCCGUUGGACAAGGAUGGCGCUCUCGUGCAAAGCAAAGCUUGGAGCAAAAGUGGGUUUGGGCAGGUUUGCACGGCGAGAAAAAUCAAAGGCUUUUGUGCAUUGCCAUCACGGUGUUGCCACAUCGCUGUCUGUCUCUGUGCUUCCGCUGUGUUUACGUUCGGUUUGCGGCUCCCCGACCACAGCUGGCGCAGCUGGCUACGAUGGCCAUGGUUUUAUCUGCAGCUCUCCAUCUUCUGUUGGACUUUGCUCCCAUUCUCUCUCUAGUUUUCCAUGGCCGGAUCCAGGCUGUCACAGCCCUGCUUGUUGUGCUGCGGCCGGUCAGUGGGAGGCUGUAGCCCGUGCCAGAUGAUGAAGCUGGUGGUUGCGCUCUCCUGAGGCUGACUGGAAGGAGCGAUUCGGUGUCUUUCACAUGGUACAAGCUGGAGGCUGUGAAAACCACCACCCUGUGCAGCGGGGCCAUGUGUGAGGACCCAUUGGCCAGAAGGAAGGACCACCAGGUCCAGCCCGCAGCAAGCCACGUGCCCUCAUCAACCCUCCGUCUGGGCAGGCUUGGAGCCUUCCUUGCUCACCUGGGAACCACGAGUGUGACCAUCCCAUGCGGUAAAUGGGACUGUAUUUUCUCAAAACAACCUAAAGCCCAAGCCAGAUCUGCUGCGUUUUGGAAGCAACGGCUGAAAACAUGGAGUGUGCACCGAGUUAAAAGAGCUUUUAGGAUCAGAGGCGUCAGAUCAAGCUUGGUGAUGAAAAGUUCCUUUUUGGUGGGCAUCAAACCUUCAAAAGAUCCCGCAUAUCAAAUGUCCCAUCAUUUUCAGCCUUUGCCUGGGACUCAUCUUCCUGUCGGGAUUCUUCCAUAUGAAGAAUAAAAAUUACGUAAUCUUGAAGAGCCACGAGGAGCUGCUGAUACCUUCCAUGUCUUGCCGUGCCAAAACUAACGUCAUGUUCCUCAAGACCCACAAGACGGCCAGCAGCACCAUCCUGAACAUCAUGUUCAGGUUCGUGGAGAGGUACAACCUCACUGUCGCCCUCCCAGCUGACCAGCUCAUGCACCUGGGCUACCCAAAGAUUUUCCUGGCCAGCUUUGUGGAGGAAUUUCAAGCCAUAGGACAAAACUACAACAUCAUGUGCAACCACCUGCGGUUUAACCCCUCAGAGGUGAAAAAGGUGAUGGCAGCGAACACCUUCUACUUCUCCAUCCUGAGGAACCCCAUUUCUCUGCUGGAGUCUUCCUACAUCUACUACAAGGACUAUGCCCCUGCCUUCAGGAUCUCCAAGGACGUGAACGAGUACCUGGCAUCACCCAUGAAGUAUUACCAUCAGGCGGAUUACGAGCAAAACAGCUACGCCAGGAAUCUCAUGUGGUUUGACUUUGGCUACGAUAACAAUGCAGAAGACAACGAAAAGUACAUCGAGGCAGUCUUGAAAGAGAUUGAACAGAACUUCCACCUGAUCUUGAUAGCAGACUACUUUGAUGAGUCCAUGAUCCUCUUGAAGCAUGCUUUGUGCUGGGAUCUGGAUGACGUGAUUUACUUUAAGCUCAAUUCCAGAAGCCAGGACACUGUCCAGACCUUAACUCCAGAAAGCAAGGAACGGAUAAAAGCGUGGUGCUCGCUGGACUGGAAGCUCUACCUGCACUUCAACCAGACCUUCUGGAGGAUAAUUGAGGAGACCAUAGGACUGGAGGUGCUGGAGAAGGAGGUGAAUCACCUGCGAACAAGACAGAAGGAGCUCAUGGAGACCUGUCUCUCGGAGCAGGAGGCAGUGGGGAAGGAGCACAUGAAGAGCAAAGGUCUCCUGCCUUUCCAGUCGGGGGCUGCAAAUAUCCUUGGGUACAACCUCAAACAAGACUUAGACAACAGGACUCUCAGAACCUGCCAGAAAAUGGUUAUGCCGGAGCUCCAGUACACGUCCUAUCUUUACGCCGUUCAACACCCACACAAGAAGAGGAAGCAGUUAGGCUUGCCUUUGCUGUGGACCACUUUCCAGGAGAAGACGCAGCUCCCAACUUCCAACUAGGGCACACGACAACCCACUGCGGUUUUGCCCCAUGGCUGGCAUGUGGCUGGCCCGCAGGACUCUUGUCCAUGAGGGGGAAGGUGGGGGGGCCUUUGUUGGGGGCCACCGGGCUGGUGGUGGGUCCCUUCUUGGGGACCUUGAGCCAAAGGCUCUGUGUUGGCCAGAUCCUGCGUGAUCCUUGCUGCCCGCUCCCAGGUAAGGGAACAGCCCGCUGCUGCGUGCUGGGCAGGCUUUCCAAAUGGCUUAGAUGUUCCUGCCUCUUAAUCAUUAAUCACAGGCUUAAUA